AUGUCUAGCUCGGAAGACACCACCCGCAUCCUGGACGUUGCGCUCCAAUCGCUGCGGGGCGAUGGACAAACAGAGCCCGCCAUCAAAAACGCCUACGAAGCAAUCGCACUUAUUGGGCAUGCAUCUAUGGUAGCGGCGCACUUUCGAUUAGUGGGAUUGGGUGAGGAGCAUAAUAUAGAAAGUAAUACAGACGCCACCAUUUUGCCAAAGGAAUGGAACGCCCAUAAUAGCACUUACGCUUUUCGAUAUGCACACGAGCAAUCGUCCACCGACUACUUACUGAAAUUCAACCGGUUGGGCAAUAAUGCAGUCGUUAUGGGACUGGCUGGCGAAGACAAGGCGACAUCAUUCGAUAUACCGGUCAACGAGUAUAUCUCGUCAUCCGCCUUACCCGUUCAGCUACAACCGGACCAGCCAAAUGAUUUGAGGGCCAUCUUUGUGACACGGGACCGCCUAGAAGACUUGAUGAAUCUCUUCAAGAUCCAUGUGAUCCAGAAAUUCACCGUUCUGAGCCAGCCCAAAGAGGGCGUUGGGGAAGCUAGACGCCAACGCGAUCAACAACAGCAACAACAACCUGAAGGACCUCAACAGCGCGAUCCCCUACGUGAAGGCCAGGCUCCUCAGCCUGCUCGCCCGUCUCCAUUCGAGGACCCUUUGGCUGCUGCACCACGCCGUCCAGCUCCCGUUGGGGACUUUGCUCCGCCUGGCUUCGAGGAUGAGUACGAAAUGAACCAGCCCUCGCGCGGACUCGUGAUGCCUUACGGACAAGGAAAUUUGCCGCGUAGUGGUGAUCGAGAUUUGUAUCCCCAAGGACUAGGUCCAUAUGAUCCGUUGAGAGGAUCAUUUGGACCCGCAAGCGGUGGUGGUGGUGGGAUGCACCCGACGCCAGAUGAUCCAAUGUUCGGAGGCUCCGGAGGGCAACGAGGCGGCUAUGACCCACGAGCACCUCCAGGAUCUCGAUAUGACCCUGUCGGCCCUUGGGACACGCCGCCAUCCGGUCGAGGGAAGGGGCCUGGAGGGGGCGGCUUUGGACAAGGAGGGUUCGGCGGGGGGUUCGGCGGAGGAGACAUCAUUUAA